CGUCCCGCUUGCGCUAUAGAGGCGCGUGUCGCGCACUUUUGACGCGACUGUGCAAUUCCGGGAGCGCGUUCAGAUCGAGCAAACCCAAUAAACUCAAUGGCCGUGAGUGAGAAACUGAUCCAAACCGUCUACGCUUACCCGGUGCUCUACAACGUGUCGCUGCACGAUUAUCGCAGUUCAGAGCGGAGGGUGAACGCGUGGAGGGAGGUCGCCGCGUCCGUCGGUCUCUCCGUGGUGGAAUGCAAGAGAAGAUGGAAGACCAUCAGGGACAGAUACAUCCGAGAGAGGAGACUGUGCAAGCUGAAGAAGGAAGAAGGCGGCCGGCGCUUGCAUUACUGGCCGCACAGAGAAAGCCUCUCGUUUCUGGACGCUCAUAUCAGAAAGAGGAAGCGUCCCAGCGAAGCAGAGGCUCUGGAGGACCUGGACGACGCGGACGGAAGCGCUCACGACUCGCCCGAGGAGUCGCUCGACGAGUCCAGCGGUGGCGAUUCAAAGUCCAGCCUUGAAAAGAAAGCAAAGCCCGGUGGCAAGUUUCCUCUGAACGCGGCGGAGCCGAAGCAUCAGAUCAAGCCGGCGAUCGCGGCUCAGUUGAAUCCCUUGUCGCAGCUGCCGUUGUCUAUCGUCACUCAGCUCGCCCCCGUCAAACAGCUGGCGGUCGUCACCGGUCUGCCUCCGGGACUGAAGGUGUCGCAGGCGUCCGGUUCAGCUUCACCGCAGCCGGCCGUCGUGACGAACGCAGCUCCUGCGCUGCUGACGCCGUCGGCCUCACCCAGCGACCUCAGCGGCCAGACGGCGGAGAAAGAGCCGCUGAAGAGCUGCGAGAAAGCCGAGCGAGCGUUUGACGAGGACGAGUUGUUUCUCUUGAGUUACGUCCCUGCCCUCAAAAGACUGACGCCGCAGAAAAGAGCUGCGGUCAAAAUGCAGAUCCAGCAGAUCAUGUUUGACGCAGAGUUCAAAGACGAAUGAACAUGUUGGCGUUUCAUGCACGGGGUCCAAUGCACGUUUUUUGCAUUGGACCCCUAAAACAUUAAAAGAUGCUUUAGUUCUGUAGAUAUCUCAGUAUGAAUGUGGAAAUAAAUUCCCUCACCGUUUGACUAGGUUCAGUUAGAUAUUUAGUGGUGCAGAAGAACCUGUUCUGUGAAAUAUCACUAGUGAAAAAGUUCUUGCAACAUUAAAUGUCUUGGUGCGAACUGCUGCUUCAUGCAUUUAUUUUAUUAGUUUUUUGGAUUUUCAUAAGAAACACAGAUGUACAGAACUGAUAAACAGUGAACAAAAUGUUUGCCAGUGACUGAAUGAAGCUGUUUGCAGUUUUUUGUUGCAUUGAUUAAUUAAAAACAUGAGGAAAGCUGCGGACUCAGUUCAUAAUGCCACGUUAGAUUAACAAAAUAAAGACUGGAAUGGCAAAGAAGGGAAAUUAUGGGAAUUAUGCAGUGAUCGAAUACCUUACAUUUUAGCUUCUUCAUUCUCUCAAAUAAAACCUCAUGAUCUGAUGAAAUGCAGCAUUGAAGUGAUGAACAGUUCAUGAGUGAACCAGUGGAUUCAGACACAGCGUCAUCAAUGAAUCCAGUGCAAAUGGGGUAUAGAAGUUCAUUUCAUAAAAUGAAAACUAAAAGACUUUCAAAUCACAUGAACCAAUAUUUUAUUCACAAUAGAACAUAGAUAACAGCAAAUGUUCAAAAGGAGAAAUUUUACACUUUUAUCCACUAAAUGAGCUCAUUUCAAAUUUGAUGACUGCUACUGGUCAAAAAAUAAUUGGCACGGGGCAACAAAUGGCUGAAAAAGCAAGAUUUUUUGAAAAGAUUCAGCUGGGAGAACAUCUAGCAACUAAUUAAGUUAAUUGAUAUCAGGUCUGUAACAUGAUUAGCUAUAAAAGGGAUGUCUUAGAGAGGCAGAGUCUCUCAGAAGUAAAGAUGGGCAGAGCUGUGAAAGAGUGCGUAAAAAGAUUGUGGAAUACUUUAAAAACAAUGUUCCUCAACGUCAAAAUGCAAAUCUCAUCAUCUACAGUGCAUAACAUCAUCAAAAGAUUCAGAGAAACUGGAGAAAUCUCUGUGCGUAAGGGACAAGGCUGAAGACCUUUAUUGGAUGCCCGUGAUCUUCGGGUCCUCAGACGACACUGCAUCACUCAUGUGUCAAUGACAUUACUAAAUGGGCCCAGGAAUACUUCCAGAAACCACUGUUGGUAAACACAGUCCGCCGUGCCAUCUGCAGAUGCCAACUAAAGCCAUAUGUGAACAUGGACCAGAAGCGCCGUCGUGUCCUGUGGGCCAAGGCUCAUUUAAAAUGGACUGUUUCAAAGUGGGUCAAACGAGUCCAAAUUUGACAUUCUUGUUGGAAAUCACGGACGCCGUGUCCUCCAGGCUAAAGAGGAGGGAGACCUUCCAGCGUGUUAUUAGAGUUCAGUUCAAAAGCCAGCAUCUCUGAUGGUAUGGAGGUGCAUAAGUGCAUACGGUAUGGGCAGCUUGCAUGUUUUGGAAGGCACUAUGAAUGCUGAAAGGUAUAUAAAGGUUUUAGAGCAACAUAUGCUCCCCUCCAGAUGACGUCUAUUUCAGGGAAGGCCUUGUGUAUUUCAGCAGGACAAUGCAAAACCACAUACUGCAGCUGUUACAACAGCAUGGCUUCGCCGUAGAAGAGUCCGGGUGCUGAAUUGACCUGCCUGCAGUCCAGAUCUUUCACCUAUAGAGAAAAAUACGUCGAUCACAAACUCUUCAGCAGCUGGAAACCUAUAUCAGGCAAGAAUGGGACCAAAUUCCAACACCAAAACUCCAGAAACUCAUAACCUCGAUGCCCAGACGUCUUCAAACUGUGUUGAAAAGAAGAGGAGAUGCUACACCAUGGUAAACAUGCCCCCGUCCCAACUAUUUUGAGACCUGUAGCAGGCAUCAAAUUUGAAAUAAGCUCAUUUUGUGCAUAAAAUUGUAAAAUGUUGUUAUCUAUGUUCUAUUGUGAAUAAAAUAUUAGCUCGUG